AUGGGUAUCAACCUUGCAACCCCAGUUGCCAAAAUCAUAGCCCAGAUUGCUCCAGCUGCGGCUAUAUUUCCCCCGGCAACGGCCGACCUAUUAGUAUUGGGGAAAAGAGGCGCUCCUGGUUUCCCAUGGGCUGCUAUGAGCAUAUUCAGCGCUGCCUCAGUGAUUAAAACCUGUGUUGCUGCUGCAUUUCCUGAUUGGAUGCGCGAAAUUUUCAAAAUAAGAAGCGAUUCAACCGAUUCAGAGAUAGGGCUGAUUCUGAGUCUUGUCCCUGAUUACAAUAAUAAAGCCAAACUUGAUCUCGGUGAAAAUGGGUGCAUAGGUGUCCUGGUCAAAAAUGGAACCCAGCAAGCAAUAUAUAAGUUGGAUGAGUUCACAAACCACAUUGUACAAGACGCUCCGGAAUUCAAAGAAAACGAAACAGAAAUAAUUUCUCGUCACAGAAUUGACCCAAUAUAUUUUCAAAAACAUAAUUGGCUGAACGAAGUUCUCAGCCUGCUCACUUCGGCAAUCAAAAUUGCUGAGUUCAUUGUCCUUCUGUGUUAUGACGCGGCUGGCCUUGGUCUGCUAAGUGCACUAAGCUGGCUAGUGUUUUUCAUUUACUCUUUGUUCAUUAUCAUCAUGUCAAACUUAUCGACAUCAUUCAGGAAUCAACACAACCGUACAAUUGAUGUUGUUGUCGGAAACUUACCAAGGUUUGGACAGCCAGGCUCUGGAGGGCGUCGAAUUUGUUUAGGAGUUCCGCAAAAUCAGCGUCGGUCAUUAUUGUGGAAGCCUGCCUGGAUUUUCGGAGCUGCUGUUUAUACUUACUCGCUCGUCCAUGGCUACGCACUGCUUAAUACACAAAACGAAAAUGUCAUCAUCAUCUGGACAGGCUUUCAACUCCUCUGGCUUUUCCUCCGCUUCCUGUUCUUUUGGCUGGCGGAGGAUGCUGAUAAGCCCACAACAAUACCACCUUCGUCAAAGGUUUACUCAGAUUUACAGGACUUCGAGAUAAGGAAAAUCCAGAUGCUGAUGUUGUCAUUGUCAAGAUGCCAAAUGAACAUUCAUCGAAGGGGGAAGUUCUCAUAUGAAUCGGACAUUAAAACGCAUAUGAAGAUCGAGGAAGAUCUUCGCUCGGGCAGUAUCAGUAACGUGCUGGAUUCGAUGCCAGAAUGUUACUCCCAAAUACCCCAGGAAUUGAUCGAUAACGACUGGGAAAUUCCUACAACUAUGGAUGACAUCCGAAUUAUCCACGUUAUUGGCGAUACACUUCUCAGAAGCGCAUGCUGGCUUGCCGGUACGACUCAUAACCACGACAUGCUCUACGAUGCGUGUAUGGUUUGCGUUGAAUCCAGAGGGCAAAGUGCUCUAGUCCCAGCUGCUCGCGUACUCUUCUCCACCGUACCGCGUGAUCCAAAUUAUGACCCAGAUAAUGAGAGAAUAUACCCACGUGGUACCAAGAACGAAGGCCCAUCAAAAGUUGAAUGGUGCUAUUGGAUCCCAGCUUCGUCGUCCAAAUGGCUGGAAGUUACAAGUACUGGAUUGAAAGUCUUCGGAAAAAGUGCGGGUCGGAAUUGGGUUUCCGAAGGUGAUAUCGAAAAGAAGCUACAAGGUCCACUGCACAUCAGCUUUAAUUCAAUGAAAGAUAUCGAGAGGAUCGUUGAGAUAUCGAUGUUGGCUUAUAAUGAUCUCAAGCGAGUGGCGGGAGUAAGAGAUAAGUGA